AUAUGCAUUUAUGUUUCAUCCACGUCCAAUAACUCGUGCGUAAGGGUACUUGGUGUGACACAAAAACGCCUUAACUCACACCGUGCAGCCUUGAACGUGAGAGAAUCGUUGCGAGAUUUCUUGUCCUGAGCGCCUCAGCCGGGACAGCUUCAGCUGACCAUGGAAAGCGGUGGCAACACGUCGAACUAUCCGUACCAUUUCUCGAAUAUGGCCAUGAUGAACAAUAGUGUUUUUUGUCGGAACUUCAGCGAUAACAUGAGUUUGGAUGCCAAAUGUGAGAGAACAGAUAAUCUGGCCAAAGAUUCGACACCAGUGAUCAUCGCGAUUAUAAUCACGACUCUUUACUCUAUUGUGUGUGUGCUUGGUCUGGUGGGAAACGUGCUCGUCAUGUAUGUCAUUAUCAGAUACACUAAAAUGAAGACUGCCACAAAUAUCUAUAUCUUCAACCUGGCCUUGGCUGAUGCACUAGCCACCAGUACGCUGCCCUUCCAGAGUGUCAACUUCCUGAUGGGGACCUGGCCGUUUGGAGACGUGCUGUGCAAGAUAGUGAUAUCCAUCGACUACUACAACAUGUUCACCAGUAUCUUCACCUUGACUACAAUGAGUAUUGACCGUUACAUUGCAGUGUGCCACCCCGUCAAGGCCCUAGACUUCCGCACGCCCCGUAACGCGAAGAUUGUCAACGUGUGCAACUGGAUCCUGUCCUCUGCCAUCGGUCUACCUGUCAUGUUCACCGCCUUAACUACUGUAACCGAUAACGGCAAGUACGACAGAAUCAUCGACUGCACUUUGAUCUUCCCCCACCCAUCCUGGUACUGGGAGAAUCUUCUGAAGAUCUGCGUCUUCAUCUUUGCCUUCAUCAUCCCCGUCCUCAUCAUCACCGUGUGCUAUGGGCUAAUGAUCUUGCGCCUGAAGAGCGUGCGCAUGUUGUCCGGCUCCAAGGAGAAGGACCGCAACCUACGUCGCAUCACCCGUAUGGUCCUAGUGGUGGUGGCCGUCUUCAUCAUCUGCUGGACGCCCAUCCACAUCUACGUCAUCAUCAAAGCCCUUAUCAAUAUCCCCAACUCCCUGCUGCAGUCUGUCACCUGGCACUUCUGCAUCGCUCUGGGCUACACCAACAGCUGCCUGAAUCCCGUCCUCUAUGCCUUCCUGGACGAGAACUUCAAGCGCUGCUUUCGCGAGUUCUGCAUCCCCUUGAGUCCUUCGAUGCUGGAGCUGCAGAAUUCUUCUCGUACCCGCCACCACCACCAACACGAGCACCACUCCAGCGCCAACACGGUGGAGAGGUCCAAUCAAGAGGUAUGACUAGGUAUGGAGAUGUUGUCGUUAGACUCAUGCUGCCAGCCCAACGACGAUAUGAUCUCGGAAGUCACCCAGGUAACCACGGUGCUCUGACACAAAGCUCUGACACGUAGAUGCUGAAAUGCAUCUUGGCGACAGCAUCUAUGUUGCUGUCGCCUCUUUCUGGCAAGGCUGACAAAUAUUUGAAUGUAGAAUAGUGCUCAGCGUAAGGCUUUCUGUCAGGUAGCAUUAUUAAAAUGUUGAACUUUGGGCUGAACACUGAAAUGAACCAACAUCAGCUGUUAUGUACACAGUAGGCUAUCCUUUUAGACUGGUAUACUGAAAAUUAUAAAUUGGCCAUGUUUUGAAGUUGUACAUUGUUUGAUUACAAUUACAUUAUUGUUUGCUUCAAGAGUCAAUGGCUAUAUAUAAUUAAUUUAAGUCAGAAAAUUGAUGUAGCCUACCAAUCACAGACUGCAGCUUUAAAGCUGUGUAUAGCUGCUUUUAUAUGUUAUAUGAUCUGUGCUAAAUUGUUAUGUAUUGUAUGUGUAUGUGAAUUGCCUUUAAUGUAGCCCUGCAAAAUAUCCAAACUGAAAGUGAUAAAAAAAUAUAUAUAUGAUUACAUUUAGUUAUUAUCAGAUAUUCUAUUGAAUACUGUUUGUCAUUUUUAACAGUGCUUGGCAGAACUUGCUCACCUGCAAAAUGUUCCAUCAACAUGAUAAUGCUGCUUUAUCAACGUCAAGUAACUGAAAUAUUUAUUGAUAUUUAAAACUGAUAUAUUACAGUGCUUGCAAGUUUACAGAGAUAAAGUCCUAACCAUUGGGUUGUGGCAGACCUGGGUUCAAAUACAUGCUUAAUUAAAGACAUGGUGACUUUGGUGAAAAAAGACAUGGUGACUUUGGUGACUACUAAGUAUUUUUUAAACCUCUCACUUUGGGCUGGGUUUGCAAAUGUGUAGUUCAUAAAUCCAUAAUCUAUGAGCAGAAGUCCUGUUUUACGUCAAUUAGUCACGAAAUCCUUAGUUGGAAAGGGGCUAUUUUCUGGAAACUGUGCUGCGCCUUGUUCCCUACAUUUUCCCCCGUGUGGGCCAGCCCCCUAGCAUUUCAAGUUUCAGCCAAUGAGCUUCAACCCCUCACCAUAUGAGUGACCGCUAUCAAGAUGCACGCGAUUCACCCACAGCAGAGCAGAGGGAAACAGCAAUGACGUGGUGCACAUAUUUGCACAUAUGUGACAGUACGCAAUUUUCGGAAAACAGUUUUGGCUCGUGAGCUCUACUUUCAGAAGUACUGGCUAAAAAAGUAUUGAAAAGUACAGUACACUGAACAAAAAUAUAAACGCAACAUGUAAAGUGGUGAACCCAGAAAUGUUCCAUGUGCACAAAAAAACGUAUUUCUCAAAAAUUUGUGCAGAAAUGUGUUUACAUCCCUGCUAGUGAGC